AAAACACGCCUUGGUCGCCAACCUCGACCACCCCGCCUACAUCAUUUUCACCUGUUAUCGCACACACCCCUCCCACGCGCUGUGGCCCUCCUCACUGUCAUGAGCAGCGUCCAUGCUGCCGGAUCCGCCACAGAAACCCAGACCCAGACCCUUGACGCCACGCCCGACCAAGUCGAACAGCCUGCGCCAUCACCCGCCGCCAACCCGGGCGAGGCCCUCGGCGAUGGCGUCGCUGGGCUCUCUGCGCCAUCUCUGGAAACCGACGGGCGCGUCAAUGGCGUGGAGAAAGUGGGGGCCGCCCCGGAACCCCCAAUCGGCCCGGGGGCACUGCAGCCGGGAGAGGGGGUCGUGGCCAUGAGCGAGGUAGAGCACAUCGAGGGAGCGGAGCCGGAGCCGGAGCAGGGUGCGGUCUUGGGCAGCGACGAGUCUGGCCAGUGGACGGAGGAAGAUAGUCACGAGCUGAAGCGUGUCAAGGUAUACGAACUCAUCGGCUCGCGCUGGGUCGACCAGGGCACCGCUUUCUGCUUCGGCGACUUCCAGGACAACGAGGCGCUGCUGAUCGCUCGCGCAGAGUCCGACUUCAACCAUGUCAUCCUCUCGACGACCAUUCGGACGAACGACGUUUAUCAGAGGCAGCAGGACACUCUCAUCGUAUGGACCGAACCAGAUGGGGUGGAUUACGCGCUCAGCUUCCAGGAUCCAGAGGGUUGUGCGGAGGUGUGGCAUUUCAUUCAGGAGGUGCAGCGACAUAUGAGCAACCGUGAGGACACGGGACUCUCUUCUUCACCGAUCUUGGGUCCUGAGCCAUUAGUAUCCACCGCGAGUAUCAUUCGCUCCGGUCACCUACCACCGCCUCAGUUAGGAAUCAUUGCUGAGAUCGAACGUGCCAUCAAGUCUCUUGCGCGCACAAACGCCAUCAAGGAGCGCAUAUGUGAGUACAUUCAAGCUGAGGACUAUAUAAAGGCAAUGAUCAAUGUCAUGAACCAGGCCGAGGAUCUCGAGAGUCUAGAGAAUCUACAUGCUCUAUGUUCGUGUAUGCAGACCAUCCUUAUGCUCAACGACCACAGCCUCUAUGAACACAUCCUGGAGGAUGACAUCUUCUUCGGUGUCGUCGGGAUGCUGGAAUACGACCCCGAGUUCCCCACUCACAAAGCCAAUUAUCGCGAAUUCCUGCACCAGACGUCGCGCUUCCACCAGCCAGUGGCCCUCCGCGACGAGGCGAUUCAGAAGAAGAUCCAUCACACAUACAGGCUCCAGUUCCUCAAGGACGUCGUACUCGCCCGCGCCAUUGAUGACUCGACAUUCAAUGUCCUGAAUUCCUGCAUUAUCUUCAACCAGAUCGAUAUCAUUAACCAUGUCCAAAACGACCCUGCGUUCCUGCUCGAGGUCGUAUGUACCUUUCUGGACGACAACAUGAUCGAGUUGUUGGGCCUUGAACCGCUGCGCAAGGUGCAUCCGCAGGAUCUGGUGAACAACAAGGACAAGAUGGACGUCGAUGCUCAGGAGCGGUCCCUAGCGGCGUUCCACGGUGUGUGUCGCCCACGACCUUGCACAGAGGAAGAGGAAGUUCGGGCUCGCGAGAUCAUCUUCCUGAUCCAACAGCUCUGUGUGAUAGGAAAGAAUGUCCAACUUCCCGCGCGGAUGGCUCUCUUCCGUGCGCUGGUCGACAGGGGGAUACUUUUCGGUGUGCAGUGGGCGCUGUCUCAAACCGAGUCGGACGAGCAGGGCCGCCAGAUGAUCGCCGCUGCUGGCGAAAUUCUCACGGGGUUGCUUGACCACGACUUGAACGGCGUGCGAGGGCAUGUGCUGAAGCAGGUUGUGGCGGCGGAGAGGGAGAAGUCGAUGGGCAAGAAGGUGCCGGAUAGGGAGACGAUGCUGUUCCUCAUGUGCAGGGUGCUCGUCAAGAGCCGAGAUUUGGCGGUGCAGAGUCAGCUCGGCGAGUCUCUCAGGACGCUGUUGGAGACGCAGCAAGAGCCACCGGAUGUACACCCGAUGGCUGGUUUAAAAUACCUGCAGCGUAACAAGGAUGAACCUGGCGUUGAGCGCUUCCUUGAUAACUUCUACAAGUUCUGCAUCGAGACCCUGUUCAGGCCUUUCGGCGAUAUCCCCGAGUUCAAGACACUAACAGAACCGCGUCUCACGAUGUCGAGGGAACGGACUAACCUAUUCUUGUACCUGUGUGACCUGCUAUCUGUGUUUACGCUACAACACACCUUCCGCAUCCAUUUCUUCAUUCUCUCGUCCAACAUCGCGACACGCGUAGCCUCUCUUUUGACCGCCAGAGAUAAACAUCUCAGAUUAGCCGCCUUCCGAUUUUUCCGGGCAUGCGUCAAGCUCAACAACCAGAACAUUUUCAACCAUCUCUUCAAGCACGAUGUAUUCCAGUCUAUCCUUACUCUCACUGCUGAGGAAUCGCGAAGAGAUACGCUUCUUAGUGCAUCAUGUCAGGAAUUGUUCGAGCACAUGCGGAAGGAGAACAUGAAGGAGGCAAUCCAUAACUGUAUGACAGUGUACGAGGUGAAGAUACGGGCGUUGGCCGAGAAUCCCCUGCUCGGCCCCCGGUUCCAGAACUUCAUCCGGCGUUGGGAGAUGAACAAUGCACCUCCACCCGAGGAGGAAAAGAAGCCCGAGCCUCCAAUACCCAACGGUGCGCGGCGCUGGGGACAGGGUCGCUUCCCAGAGGCCGAGGAAGAAGACUAUUUCAACGCCGACGACGACGAAGAUGUUUUGCCCAUCAUUUCUUCACCUCCGCCCACCCAGCGUAGUAACACACUGAAGCGCAAACGCGCGGGCAUCAUGCGGAGGCAGCAGCCUCCGCACACAGCCACCCCUUCGUCCCAGCCGCUGAGCGCACUUGCUGCGUACGGUGACAACGACGACCUUAAUGGUACCGAGGAUUUCGACAUCCGCGUUGCGCAGACGGAACAGCCGCCUGCGUUGGCCCCGCGGAUGUCCCAUAAACUAAUCCCGCCUAAACCCUUGGUGUCACAAUCGGGCGACGAGCAGGACGACCUCUUGGAGCAAAUCUUCAACCACUCGCGACCUGCGUCACCCUCGCCUGUCGGUAGCAAGCCACCGGAGCUGGGUGCGAAACGGCGACGAGAUGACGACGACGACGAGUUGCUUGAGCGUUUAGCGACCAGGUCGAAACGCCCAAGUAUAUCGCAGAGCCCCGAGAAGGAGAACUCGGACCCGCCACCAAUCCCCAGUAAAGUUGGCCCGACGAAAGCAGCUGAGGAGGGCCCCAAGAAGAUUAAGCUAAAGUUCGGUGCAGUGGGGGCGGCUGUGGCGGCAUCGCCGUCCUCAACGGAGCCUGCACCUCCAGAUCCUGGUGCGAAGGAGGGGGACAAUGGUUAGCUAGGGAUAUGUCACCGCAUGCUUAUGUCUCCGUUGUACUGCUGUUCUUAAGCUUAUGUUGGUAUGACUGUGUAGAGUCUCAGGAAUGCAUUCUGUUGUUGUUCAAAAGCGC